UUACCCGAUCCUGAAAGCGACAAUGGUGAUUCUCACAUGACAUUGAAGGAAUUAGAACAAAAGUGGAAUAAUCUAGCUUUAGGGACUCUCAGUGAAAAUCAUUUACAUUCCCCAACCCCGUCUCAUAAUUAAAUUCAGAAUGGAGUUUCCAGAUAUAGGAACAAGAUGUUCGAUCAAAGACUGCAAGCAAUUAAAUUUUUUACCAUUUGUAUGCAACCAUUGUCAUGACACUUUUUGCAAAGAACAUUUUCAUAUAGCCUCUCACAAAUGUUCAAGUUUUCGUGAAAAUGUUGUAAGCACUAAAACAAAGGCUUCAAAUUAUGUGUGUUCGGAUGAAUCUUGUAAAGAAACUUCACCCAUUGAGAUGCAAUGUAUCAAAUGCAAGAAACACUUUUGUUUACAACAUAGAUAUCAUGGAUGUCUGGAAUAUACUAACGAAGAAAAGACAACAAAGUUGAAAAAGUGGCAAAUACCAAAGAAACAGUUUGCUGAAGCAAAAGCCAUAGUGGAUCAAGAAAUUUCAGACACUUUGAAGAAAUCCAAAAAUAUUGCAAUGGCGAAUAAAGUACGUCUUAUGCGUAUAAAAGGUUCAGCCGUUGGUCCUAAAAAUGUACCGAUGAACGAACGUUGUUAUUUCCUCGUAUAUUUGUCAACUAAAGUACCCAAUAAGAAUCUAGGACCAUCGAAAGGUAUUUACGUGAACAUAAACUGGACAAUUGGAAAAGCUAUAGAUUCGAUGGCAGACAUACUGAAAAUAUCAAACAAUAAUAACGUAUUGGGUGUAUCUAAGUUACAACUGUUUCAUCAUUUAACCGGUACGCUGGUAUGUAAUGAAAUGGAUACAUUACUAACAAAGUUAUUUGAAAAAUCUGAACUUGUUGACGGACAAAGUGUUAUUUUAGAAUAUUCAGACACUACGGCUGUAGAUAUUUCUUUAUAUAAAUAA